GCUACGCACUUACCUCGCAAUUUCCUUCAUUACUUAGAAUCUUGCUGGUCGGUCCUACAAAUCUCACCACCGUAAUCCCUCCUCCGAUGGCGGGAAAAGUCAUCUCCAGUGGCAUCCAAUACACUACUUUACCCGACAGUUACGUCCGUCCGGUCAACGACAGGCCUAACCUAUCCCAAGUCUCCGAAUGCAACGAUGUUCCGGUUAUCGACAUCGGUGGAGCUGACCGGGAGCUCAUAAGCCGGCAAAUCGGCGAUGCGUGCCGUCACUACGGCUUUUUCCAGGUGAUAAACCACGGUGUGGCGGAUGAAUUGGUGAAGAAGAUGGAGCAGGUAGGGAGAGAUUUCUUCCAGUUGCCGGUUGAGGAGAAGAUGAAGCUCUACUCGGAGGAUCCGACGAAGACGAUGAGGCUUUCGACGAGCUUCAACGUCAAGAAAGAACAAGUGCAUAACUGGAGGGAUUAUCUCCGGCUUCACUGCUAUCCUUUGGAUCAGUACUCUCCUGAAUGGCCUUCCAAUCCUUGUUAUUUCAAAGAAUAUGUUGGAAAUUACUGUAUAGCGGUACGCGAAUUAGGGAUGAGGAUACUUGAAUUCAUAUCGGAAAGUUUAGGUUUAGAAAAAGAGCGACUAAAUAUGAUAUUAGGCGAGCAAGGACAACAUAUGGCCAUCAACCAUUAUCCAGUGUGCCCUGAACCUGAGUUAACUUAUGGGUUGCCUGGUCACACUGAUCCUAAUGCACUCACCAUACUCCUUCAAGACACGCUUGUCUCUGGAUUACAAGUUCAAAAAGAUGGCAAAUGGGUAGCGGUUAAACCACACCCUAACGCGUUUGUCAUCAACAUUGGCGACCAACUAGAGGCGUUGAGUAAUGGUGAAUACAAGAGUGUGUGGCAUCGAGCCGUGGUCAACUCAGACCAACCAAGAAUGUCAAUAGCUUCGUUUUUGUGUCCCUGUAAUGACUCAGUCCUCAGCGCUCCUAACGAACUAAUAAAAGAUGGAUCGACGCGUGUUUUCAAAGACUUUACUUACACAGAAUACUACAAGAAGUUUUGGAGUCGAAAUCUAGACCAAGAACAUUGUUUAGAGUUCUUCAAGAACUAGCUAUAUUUCUGCACAUCAUCCAUCCCAAUAUCCUAUCAAUCUUAUGUCCUAAUUCCCUAGUUUUUACUAGUGUUAGAUUUUCAAAUAAUUUAAUGUUUCAAAGAUAUAUAAACAUUAGUCUAUCUGUUUUAAUGUGGUAUUAAAGGAAAUAAAGGAGUGGAUUUAAGCUUGAAAAGUA